AUGAACCACGUCGACCUCCAGAGGGUAUGUAUGAGCACCGCAGAUGCCUGUCUGAUUCUGGCGAACAAUCGACCUGUUGAUCCAAAUCAGGAGGAUGCCGCUAACAUCAUGAGAGUCGUAGCAGUCAAGAACUACGCCAGCCACGUCCGUGUUAUCGUCCAAAUUCUACAACAAUCAAAUAAGGUGGCUGAAUACUUUCCAGAUCCACUGCGUACUUUUACGCAGUAG